GUUGUCUUUUGAUAAAGAAGGCAUGGUUAAGAGAGCCAGACAAUUCAUAGAUCUUUAUAAAGAAAUAGGAAUUAGCAAAGAUCGCAUCCUCAUCAAGCUGUCAUCAACAUGGGAGGGCAUCCAAGCUGGCAAGAUCCUUGAAGAGCAACAUGGGAUUCAUUGUAAUAUGACCCUGCUCUUUUCCUUUGCUCAGGCAGUUGCUUGUGCAGAAGCAGGGGUCACCCUCAUUUCUCCUUUUGUUGGGCGCAUUCUGGAUUGGUAUGUUGCAAAUACGGACAAAAAAACCUAUGAGCCAUCAGAAGACCCAGGGGUAAAGAGUGUCACUAAAAUCUACCAUUAUUACAAAAAGUUUGGCUAUAAAACUAUUGUAAUGGGAGCUUCUUUUCGGAACACUGGACAAAUCAAAGCACUGACUGGCUGUGACUUUCUCACCAUUUCCCCAAAACUUCUGGGAGAACUCAGUAAAGAUAACAGCAAACUGACACCAAAGCUGAGUGUCAAAGAUGCCCAGGCAUCUGACCUGGAGAAGGUGCAUCUGGAUGAAAAGACAUUCCGUUGGCUUCAUAAUGAAGACCAAAUGGCUGUGGAGAAACUGUCAGAUGGAAUCAGAAAGUUUGCUGCUGAUGCAGUUAAACUGGAAGUCAUGAUAAAGGAACGGAUGUUUGGUACUGCAAAUGGAGAAUAGACAUGGCAAAUUUUAUGGAUGCUAUAUAGAUGUAAAGAUUUACAUGCUGCAUACGAAAAGAUUUUCUGUAAUCACAGAUUUCUAUAUGAAUCUGCAGAGAAAAAGAUUCUUCAAGUCUGCUGUGCUUUUAUAUAUCAGGAUUGUAAUAUUACAAUUCUGAGUUACCAAUAUUUUUAUUCUUCACUAUAUUGCAGGUGCAUAAAGGACCAAUUGCCUUGUUUUUUUUCUUCAAGGUACUAUUACUAAUAAUGAUAAAACAUUGAUGUCUGAGUGCAUUCCAAAAGAAUAAAAUGUACUACAUUUUA